AAACUACUGUUUACAUUCUAUUUAUUCACUCUAAUGCAGCAUUCCAGUUCUUUUCAAAUAACGAGAAUAAACAACCCUACAUGUCCGAAUGUAGUCAGAUGUAAUCUGAAAAGACAACACACUUCUAAUGUCUAUAGAUUGAGAUGAUUUUAUUAACACUGAUCACGUGAUCAACCAGGUUCGAGACCCAGUAAACCAUGAUAUGUUACAGAGAACCACUGUAAAGAAUCCAGCUCAAUUAAAAAACACGGAAAACAACCCAAAAAUCAGCAUUAAAAAAAUCGACUGCGUCGGGAAUAACUGUUUAAUACAUUACGUACUGUGGGAGUUCUGUUGUAAUAUUAAAUUCAAGGCGACAUGGAGAAGCGAGAGAAUAUUUUCCUAAAGAAGAGUUUUGUAGCCAUUACCGGAGCCAGUAGAGGAUUUGGUAGAUGCAUGGCCCUGAAGUUUGCGGUCAAGUUCCCUCCGAAUUCCGUCUUGGUACUGAUGGCGAGGAAUGAGGAGGCUUUGGAAUGCAUCAGGACGGAAUUGCAAGCAACGGCUCCCAAUAUAACGGUUUUAGUUAGACAGUAUGACCAGGGAAAAUCUGAUGAAGGAUAUUUUAAUGGAAUAUUUGAUAGUCUGCUUACUGAAAGCAAAUGUUCAAAGGAUGAUUUUGAACAGGUAAUGCUUGUUCAUAACUGUGCUACCACUGGUGACAAAGACAAGACUGCGAUUCAGUUGUGUGACACCGACCGCGUACGGUCUUACUAUAACAUGAACCUCUGCGGCAUGAUUUUACUCAACACGAGCUUCUUCGCAACAUUUUGUGAUCCUUCACCGUCUCGAGUCGUAGUCAACGUAACGUCAGGGGGAUCUCAGCGUCCAAUUCCGUCACUCCACCUAUAUUGCGCAGGCAAAGCUGCCCGUGAUAUGUUUUUCAGAGUCCUUUGCGCCGAAGAACCAUCUAUUCGGGUUCUGACAUACUCGCCAGGCGGUGUCGACACAGACAUGUUUCGAGAUAUUGAGACAAAUUCAUCCUCAUCAUCAUUACGUAAAGUGACAAAUGGAAUGCGUGAGGACGGCAAGUUGCUGACACCAGAGGAAUCUGUAGCCGACCUAGAGCAGGUAUUGGAGGAAAACGCUUUUGAUAACGCUGAGUUCGUGGACUACUUUCUUCGGAAAUUCAAGCCAUAUGCAGACAAAUAUAAACAGUAGUAAUUUUAGCUCUGUUGGUCCGUACAACCGGUAACCUUAUGUCGAGGCGCGGCGUCAGCAAGUGUUGAUGUUGUUUCCUCAUAUCCACUGCAAUUUAUAAAUGAUCGAUGCAGGCCCAGAGGGCCUUUGUAACAACAUAUACACAACUGUUGUGCAAGAGUCAUUAAAUGCCCAAGUAUAAAGGCCUAAAACCAGUAAAGUAGCUGACAAUAACUAUUAAUGGAAUCGUUGUAAUGAAAUAUAAUAUUUUCUAUGUUGAUUCACAAGUGUUUAUUCAUGAUAUCAUAUUAUAUCGUCGGUAAGACAUCGGCUGUUUGAAGGAGAAUCUUUUAAGCGUAAAUAAAAGUAAUCAAUAAAAGAAACGAAUGCG